CACGCGUGUGCGCCCUCCUCUCGUCUGCCCGUCCCCGCCCAAGAGACCGCCAACAUGCUUAUCCCCAAGCAGACCCGCAAGCAGAUCUACUUCAAGCUGUUCGAGGACGGCGUCAUGGUGGCCAAGAAGGACUUCAACGCCCCUUCCCACCCUGAGUUCAAGAGGAUCCCCAACCUCCAUGUCAUCAAGGCGCUCCAGUCGCUGAAGUCCCGUGGCUUCGUGCACGAGGACUUUGCCUUCCGCCACUUCUACUGGCGUCUCACAGACGAGGGCAUUGAGUACCUCAGGGACUACCUCCACCUUCCCGAGAACGUUGUUCCCACCACACUUAAGGCGCCUGCCCGCGAGCAGCGCCCCACGGCUCGCCGUGUGCGCUCCAUGGGCCACCGUGCCGAGAGGACCUCCCGCGAUGCCUACAGGCGUGAUGGCGAUGAGGGUGCAAAGAAGCUCGAUGCUCCCGAGGGUGACUUCAAGCCUGAGUUCCGUGGCGGUGCUGGCCGUGGCAAGUUCCAGGGCGGCCAGGGCAGCGCUCAGUAAGGCGACGGGUAGCAGCAGCAGCAUGCGCACGUGCUUUGGAUGUGGUGUGGCUGUGAUGGUUGGAAGUUGAAUGACGUUGAUAUGAGCAACAGCACCAAAUAAAUCCCCCCUUACGGUGAUCCAGACAACAACACGCCAGCCAGCGAGCAAGUGUUUUGUGGUGCAUCGAGGGUGCGCGAAG